GAGAAUGCCGCCAAGUCAUGGGAGCAAGCGGCGGUAGAAUGCAAGGCGAAAGUCGCCGCGAUCGAGGAGGAAUGCUUGCGGUUGAACCAGAAAUACACUGAUGCAAUGUUUAACCUCGAGGAGAACUCAUACUGCUUGCAGUCACUCGGCGGGAGGUUUCCAAAAGCCAUCGACGCCCCACCAUGGAUCAAGCGCGUGGAGGACAUCUUCGAAAAGCCUCAAUUCUUCAUCGAUGGCGCCUCCGCUACGGACGUCCAUCAAGGAGCAUCAGGCGACUGCUGGUUUCUCGCUGCCCUCAUGGCCGUAUCUGCCAAACCUUCCCUGAUCGAUCGCCUCUGCAUAGCCCGGAACGAGAAAGUUGGUGUCUACGGUUUCGUCUUCUACCGCGAUGGUGAGUGGAUCUACGAAGUCAUAGAUGACAAGCUUUUCCUGAGGGUGGGCGACGACGACGAUUUGGAAAUUGUGAGGGGACUGGAUAUGGCAAAGAAGGAGGGGCUGGUUCUGAAGUUUGAUGAGGAGAAAUUGAUGAAAAUGCUGCAGAAGGGUGGAGAGGCCUUGUAUUUCGGGCAUUGUAAGAGUGAGGAGACGUGGCUGCCGUUGAUUGAGAAGGCUUAUGCGAAGGCCCACGGCGACUAUUUCGCCAUUGAGGGAGGCUUCGCAAGCGAGGGUAUCGAAGAUCUGACUGGAGGUGUAGCCGUGGUGUUGGAUAGUGAGGGCAUCCUCGACAAGGAUCGUUUCUGGCGAGAACAGCUUCUGCAAGUCAAUAAGAAGUAUCUCUUCGGAGGAGGCUCGUCGCCGACUGGAGCCAAAGGCUUUGUUGGUGGACAUGCAUAUGCCGUGCUCGAGGCAUGGGAAGAGGGCGAUUUGAGGUUGCUCAAACUGCGGAACCCUUGGGGCGAGGUCGAGUGGGAAGGCGACUGGUCCGACGGCUCAAAACUCUGGACCGCGGACAUGAUGACCAAGCUCAAACAUACGUUCGGCGACGAUGGCGUCUUCUGGAUCUCUUACCUCGACUUUCUCAAACACUUUCCAAGCAUCAAUCGCGUCCGCCUCUUCGACUCCUCAUGGUCUGUCGGUCAGCAAUGGACGUGCUGUCAGAUACCCUGGACAGUCGACUACCUCGAUACUCAAUUUAAAUUCACCAUUUCCGAGCGCGGACCGGCUGUGCUUGUGCUCGCACAGCCCGACGAUCGAUACUUUUACAAUUUGCGCGGACGAUAUCUCUACUCGCUGCACUUUCGGGUCUACCGCGAGGGAGACGAGGAAGGGAAGUAUAUCGUGCGAUCGAUGCAUAACUCUGGGAACGAGAAAGUCUUCACGAGAUCUGUGUCGGCGGAGAUCGAAGAUCUCGAACCCGGCACGUACGGAGUUGUGUUCAAGGUCACGGCUGUGCGGUCGACGGUCUUGUCAACGGCGGAGGAGGCGAUUGUCAAGUAUGCGGUUGACAGGAAAGAGAAACUGCUCCAGGUUGGAAGACGCUUUGACUAUGCGCAGACCAAGGGUAAUUUGAAAGCGAUGGAGGCUGAGAUUAAGAGGAAAAAGAAGUUGGAGUCGAGAGAGGAGGUGAAAAAAGAGUGGCGGAAAGUGAGGAAGAUGAACAAGCAGGAAAGGGAGAGGGCGAGAUUGCGAAAGCAGAGGGUUAAGGAGGCGAUGAAAGAGAGGAGAAAGGAGUUUGAGUUGAAGCAAAGGGUUCGAGCGAAGGAGAAGAAGGAGAAAGCCAAGACCAAGGCAAAAGCGAAGGCGAAGAAGAAAGAGCGUGUCGGUUCGGCGAAUGGGCAGAACGAUGUCCAGAAGGCCGGACAUGUCAGUCUAGCUUCUAUCGAGCAGUCAGUAAAGGAUGAGGCAAAAGUAUCUGCCGCGGAUGGCAUCAAAGGCAACGAAGCCGAAGACAAGUCGGCCGAUGCCGUCGAUCCAGGAGAUGAGCCAAACCCGACGGCCACGCCAACGGAAACGAGAAAAGGCCCGACUGAUCUUUCGCAUAGACUUGAAAACCUAUCCAUCAGCACAGAAACGCCGUCGACAAAACGUUCCACCCCUCCUUGCUCUUCUUUAGCCCACGACUCUCCAUCUUCUUCUUCUGAUGACGACGAAGAGGACGAGGCAUACGACUCUCCGAUUUCACCGCCGUCCGACCUCGAAGACAACGAUUUCUCCUGGGACUCGGAUCUGUAA